AUGGGCGUCGCCGAGAUCAAAGACUUCAUCGUCAGCGAGCUUCGAUCGAAGAACCCGGCGAUUCGCGAGGCGAACGCCGCGCUCGCGAGAUCGGCGGCGCUGUUCUUGGCGAGCGUGUUCGUGUUUAGAAACUUUGGCGACGCGUUCGCGGUGUAG